CGAAGGCAUCCAGGCGCGUGCGGCGAUAAAGGUAACCCGGGGCGCACGCACCCGGCGGCACGAGCCGUCGUUCUCUCGCUUCUGAGAGCGCGCGCGCCUUUCCAUAGCACAGGUAAGCAGCGCGAGCAGCAGGAAAGUGCGCCGAUCCUUACGUCGCUUUUCUUAGUGACGGCGAAAGGGGACGGAAAGCGGACGGAUGGAAUAAAAGGACGCGAGGACGGAAAAAAGUCUGCGUUUCGCAGCACUCGCAUUUGUCUGCUUUUCGCUGAGGAAGACGGCGGAUGCGCGGCGUGAAAGCGCGUGAGCACAUCCACCUUCUCCACAGCUGCUCUAGGACCCUCUGAGUCCCAGAGACUGUGCCCACUGCUGACCACUCAUAUUCUCCUGAGCCUAUCCUCAGAACCAGGAUGGCCAUUGAGUCGAACCAGGUGUCCCAGUGCUACGACAACCAAACUGUGGAGUUCUUCUAUAACAAGAGCGGCAAGUUCAUCAGCCCCAUGUGGCGAACACGUGACUUUGUCGUGGUGGGACUAGGCCUCACGGUGUGUGUGAUCGUCAUCCUCGCCAACAUCCUUGUCAUGACCGCUAUAAUCAUCAACCGCCGCUUCCACUACCCCAUCUACUACCUGUUGGGUAACCUGGCAGCAGCAGACCUCUUUGCUGGCCUCGCCUACCUGCACCUCAUGUUCCACACAGGUCCCUGGACCAUACGAUUAACCCCAUACCGUUGGUUCCUGCGCCAAGGCCUCAUUGACACGAGCCUCACAGCAUCUGUUGUGAACCUGCUCGCUGUUGCCUUGGAGCGCCACCAGACCAUUUUUACCAUGCAGCUGCACAGCACCAUGAGUGUCCGUCGUGUCCUCCUGCUUAUCCUGGCCAUCUGGACCGUAGCUGUUCUGCUCGGCCUGGUGCCUACCAUGGGCUGGCACUGCUUGUGUAACCUGCCUGCCUGCUCCACCAUGGCACCCAUGUACAGCCGCAGCUACCUGGUCUUCUGGGCCGUGCUCAACCUGCUCACCUUCUCCAUCAUGGUGGCCGUUUACACGCGCAUCUUCUGGUAUGUGCGCCACAAGAGCCGGCGUAUGUCGCAGCACACCACAAAUGCCAGAUACCGGGAGACUGUGAUGAGCCUCAUGAAGACAGUCACCAUGAUCCUGGGAGCCUUUGUGAUCUGCUGGACACCUGGCCUUGUUGUGUUGCUGCUGGAUGGGCUCCACUGCAUCCCCUGCCAGGUGCUCAAGUAUGAGAAGUACUGUCUAGUUCUGGCAGAGUGCAACUCGCUCAUGAACCCCAUCAUCUACUCAUACCGCGACGAAGAUAUGAGGCGUACCUUCAAGCGCAUCUUGUGCUCCCUGUGCGGGAGAGGACGGGGGCGCCACUGGGGGACAGUCUCGGGGAUCCGCUUCAACACUCAGGAGGAAGAGGGGGACCAGAGCCACGAUGCUGACCGUGUGACAAACGGCACCCGCCUCAUGCUGACCGAUGGGAGGGAUAUGCUCUCCUCCUCUGAAGGCUGAGCUCCACCUUUUCAUCUGUGCCCCACCCUGUCCUCACCAGGGUACAUUCCAUGGUGAAUUCACACAGGACACUUGCUUGGCUCUAGCAGCCGGGACUCUGGUGGCCGCCAGAGGGGUGUCCUGUUCACAGCCCAGGCCCCAGCUUCCGUAUGUCUGCAGAAAAGAGAAACUGUUUAGUAGAACGUUAUGAUGCAGUUGAGCACUUCUAUUAUGUUAAUGUCUCAUGAAAGCACAAGUUUUUACCCUGAAUUGUACACUGAUGUUGAUUGUUACUGUUGUAGGGUGGGUGCUGAUUUUUCUAUGCCAGGGUCAUUCUAGUGACCUGGUGGCUGAAAGACACUAGCGAGGAGCCUGAGCCAUGCUUCUCCCCCUCUUAACACACAGACACAUGUGCUCCCACCCCCUAAGUCACACAUGCAUAAACAUGCACGGAAUCCUGGGCCAAACUGAAAGAAGGAAUUCAUCUCCCAACUGGCACACAUCCAUUCUACCCUUGUAAAGAGGGAGGUGUACACAGGGCACAAGGAGCAGGAUGCUGGCAUCUCCCCAGCAGGAGGAUGAUAAUGAGGGAUGCUUUACCCUAGCUGCCUAGAGAGGAUUCACUGCAGUUUGGCCUGGCUUAGACCACCCAUUCCAGGGGUUAUGAACACCUGCAGCCACAGACAUUCUCCAGGUGGAGGAUGAUCAUGCAGCAAUACAUAUAUAUUUCACAGCUGCUCAGCUCCUGCCUGAUUCAUAGUUCCUGGUGUUUGUGUAACAGAAGGGGGAAGUGUGAAUCCUCUGGGCAAGCACCACCCGUAGAUGGUCGCCCUAGCCCCCCAGCACUGUUAGGUAGGUUAGUGGCACUAGUCCCUCCUAGCGCACUUUGCCAGCAUCCCCAGAGAGCUGAGUAUUGAAAAGGGCUGCUUCCGCAUAGUGGUGCACACUGCAGGGGAGAAUGAUGACACUUGCUCUGCUCUCUGCCCAUUACUAGAUCAUGUGCAGUUGAGAAGAGAACAGAAUGGCUGGGCUCUUCGCCCCCGGGCCGAGCCCUCAGGAAGAACAUGCAGCUCUGUUCGCACACGAACGUGCGUCUCGUACGUGCACCUGAUACGUGUAGCUGUGAGAAAAGCACAGCUACUGCAGCUGCAAAGCAUGCCAUGGAGGUGCUAGUUACUUCCCAGCUGCAGGCCCUCACCCUUCUAUUUACCAUGUUGCAGAUGAGUGUCGGCAAUCAGGAGUGUGAAGGGCUGCUCCUGCACUGGAACGAAUUGCAUGUGUUGUAAUUACCAGGUUCUCUUUGCUUGCUGAAGCAAAGGUCUAGAAAUCUUGAUAAACUGAAAAGCGUAUAUGUCACUUCCUUUACUUGAUUUAGCAUAACAAUGUCUCCAAUUUGACUGUAAGGACCACAGCUUUUUUUUUUUUUUUUUAAAAAAAAAAAACCAGAUUAGUUUUGUCGAGAAAAAAUGUGAGGCUCAAUGUGCACACAUCACAUAAUGUUUUCGUGACUUUACAGACUUGCCCUCCUACCUCUUUAUUCUCACAUGCCUUUUACUUACUUUCUUUAAAAUUCCCUUUGAUUUGUUGGCUUUGUUUAGAAAACAGGUAAAAUGUACUAUAUUAUAAAAACAUUUCUGAUGGGUUGCAGAAUUGUGAACACGCACACAUUGUCUG